CCUCCUCUUCUUCUAACUCCUCACAGUCGUCUUUGACUUUGCGACAUGGCUGCGUCCAGGGAGGCAGCGUAGUCCACAAGUCUGCAAUGUUUAUCUACCAAGCUUCUCUAUCGUAUAUUUCUCCAUAGAACUGCCGUUCACAGGUCUGAAGGACAUGUCGGAUAAAGAGGUCGGUAAAGUGAAGGAGAGUCCCGCGGAAAAGGGCUUCAGGACCCCCGGGCUGAGAGGAGCACAGACCACCACUCUGUUCCGAGCUUUCAACCCUGAACUCUUCAUUAAACCUAAUAAACCAGUGAUGGCGUUUGGACUGGUGACCAUCACCUUGUGUGUGGGCUACCUGGGCUAUAUGCACGCCAUGAAAGAAAACGACCAGCAGCUGUACGAGGCCAUCGACAGCGAAGGAGAGAGAUACAUGAAGAGGAAGACCUCCAAAUGGGACUGAUGGCACAACAUAUUGUUUAACACUGUGUGUGUAUGUGUGUUUAUAUUUUGUUAUGACAGAGGGAAAUUAAAACCUGAGUGGACUGAAACCUUUUAAGUCUGCUCAAAUGCUUGAAACCACAGCUGGGAGAAAAAAAUCCAAGACAAAAUCAGAUUGUUUUCAAAUUUAGUGCAAUAAAAAUAUCUAUGAUGGAAAAAAAAUUGUAAAUAAUAUUAAAAAUGAAAAUAGAAGUCA